AGCCCGUCUGGAGAUGUAAUGGAGUUGUUUCUCAACUUAGAGGAGCUAUUGGAUGUUGGGCUUGUGCCUGCUGCAAGUGCAGCGGAAGCAGAAGUACCAACACCACAGCAUUCCGAACUUCAUUUAACACCUGAAGAGAAACAACUACUAGAGAAAGAAGGCAUCACACUCUCUUCUCAUCCUCUCACACAAGCUGAAGAGCGUAAACUUAAGAUGAUUAGAAGAAAAAUACGCAAUAAAAUAGCAGCAGGGGAUUCACGCAAGAGAAAAAAGGAAUACCAAAAUGCCUUGGAAGAGAGGAUGAAUGAGGAAGUGGGCUGGUAUGUAGGGCUUACAGUAGAAGUAAUGGUGGCCAUGGUGUUUUCCAAUGGGAGUGAACCUUGUGGGCAAGAAGGGUUGGAGAAGACUUGCAGCCAAACUGCGUGGGUGUAUCCAUCUUGGUUGAAGUUGUGGUGAUAUCUGUUUUGACAGAUUCCCUGACUAUCUAAAAGUAAGUAAAGUAAAGCUGUCCCUGUAACAGGCCGUGAAUGCCCAUAGGGUUGUGUAACGUUGAGGGUCCCACUUUAUCAAGACAGUCGGCUCAAAGAUGGGGGUAAGUUUGUCAGCCCUAAGCGCCGGCCACGCUGUGUACUUAUAAAGCGGGUGCCCAAAAAUAAUGUGAGUAGAACAAGAAUUUCUAUCUUAAAAUUAGAUUUUAAAACACUGUGCGCAUGUGUGGGCUGUGCGUACCCAUACGGUGUCGCACGGCCACUCGGCUACACUUUAAAGGUCUGCAUACGGUGUCGCUAGGCUCUUAAAGGUUAACAGUUCCGUUGCACCUAUUCUGCUCCAGCCCUUCUUCUUAACCACAUAGCCCCUUUUCAUUGGAAAACAC